AUGGCUUCUAACUUCCCUGUUCCUUCUGUCGCAGCUGCUGGUACUGCUCCUGCAAUCAGCACUGGUGCUCAAAUCCCUGCACCUGCUGCCAAUGCUACCCCGCUUCCUGCUCUUUCUCCACGUUCUCCAUCUGCGCCACAUCGUCCUGUGACAGCUUAUGAGGAAAAGAGUGUUACCACUGGUACUUUGAUUCUACAGGAUGGUACCAGUUACCAGGGUGUUUCUUUUGGUGCAGAGAAGAGUAUUUCUGGUGAAUGCGUUUUCCAGACAGGUAUGGUUGGCUAUCCCGAAUCAUUGACCGAUCCUUCCUACCGUGGCCAAAUCCUGGUCUUAACUUUCCCUCUGAUUGGUAACUAUGGUGUACCCAGCCGCACUGCAAUGGAUGAGCUCUUGAAGGAUAUCCCCAAAUACUUCGAAUCCAACGAGAUCCAUGUCGCUGGUUUGAUCGUCGGCAACUAUGCUCAAGAUUACUCUCAUUAUCUGGCCGAUUCUUCUCUUUCAGUUUGGCUUAAGGAGAACAAUAUUCCUGCCCUUUACGGUAUUGAUACUCGUGCUAUGACAAAGAAGAUCCGUACUCAGGGUGUUCUUCUGGGUAAAAUUCUUUUCCCCAAGUCUCUGGCCACAAGUACUGUUGAUGCAGCUGCCUCUGCCCUUGGUUUAACCGCUUCAUCAAACGCCUCUUCCUCUGAACGUUGGAUGGCUGAUUAUGAAGAUGUAGAAUGGGUUGAUCCCAACAAGAGAAACUUGGUAGCAGAAGUUUCUAUUAAGGAACCCAAAAUUUACUACCCUGAUCCCGCAAAAGCCAUUAAAGUCCCUAGUGGACGUACAAUGCGUAUUAUUGCUGUGGAUAUCGGUAUGAAGUACAAUCAAAUUCGUUGUUUCGUUUUCCGCGGUGUCGAAUUAAAAGUCGUUCCUUGGGAUUAUGAUUUCAAUGCAGAGCCUGUUGAUUCUUACGAUGGUCUCUUCCUUUCUAACGGUCCAGGUGAUCCAGUUACCAUUGAUACUACCAUAAAAAAUACUGCUAAAUUCAUCAAAGAUCUCAAAAAACCUGUCUUUGGUAUUUGUUUGGGUCACCAAGUUAUGGCUUUGGCUGCUGGCGCCAAAACAAAGAAGAUGAAAUAUGGUAAUCGUGGUCAAAACAUCCCUUGUACCAAUUUACUUUCUGGUCGUUGUUAUAUCACAUCUCAGAAUCAUGGUUACGCUGUCGAUGCUUCCACUCUUCCCGAAGAUUACCAAGAAUUAUUUGUCAAUGCAAAUGACGGUUCAAAUGAAGGUACUAUUCAUAAGAGUCUUCCUAUCUUCUCAGUUCAAUUCCAUCCUGAAUCCACUCCUGGUCCCCGUGAUACUGAGUUCCUUUUUGAUGUCUUCCUUAACACUGCUAAGGAAUGCCUUGAAAAGAAGUCUCUUGUACGUAUCAACAUGCCCGGUGGUGAUAUUGUAGAAAAUAGAAACAAGAACCCCAGAGUUCAUGUCAAUAAGGUUCUUGUUUUGGGUUCUGGUGGUCUUUCUAUCGGGCAAGCUGGUGAAUUCGAUUACUCUGGCUCUCAAGCCAUCAAGGCUUUGAAAGAAGAAGGCAUUUAUACAGUGCUUAUCAACCCUAACAUUGCUACUAUUCAAACUUCCAAAGGUUUAGCUGAUAAGGUCUAUUUCUUACCUGUUACACCUGAAUUUGUACGCAAGGUUAUCCAAUUCGAAAAACCUGAUGGUAUUUAUGUCACUUUUGGUGGUCAAACAGCCUUAAGUGUUGGUAUUGCUUUGAAGGACGAAUUUGAAGCUUUAGGUGUUAAGGUUCUUGGUACACCUAUCGAUACUAUUAUUACUACUGAGGAUCGUGAUCUCUUCGCUCAAGCACUAUAUGAAAUCGAUGAAAAGUGUGCUCAAUCCUCUUCUGCUGUCUGUGUUGAUGAAGCUCUCGCCGCCGCUAAGGAAAUCGGCUAUCCUGUAAUUUGCCGUGCUGCUUAUGCUCUUGGUGGUCUUGGCUCUGGUUUCGCUGAUAAUGAGGCCGAACUCGUCGCACUCUGUAAUAAGGCUUUUGCUACUUCACCUCAGGUUUUAAUUGAAAAAUCCAUGAAAGGUUGGAAGGAAAUUGAAUAUGAAGUUGUUCGUGAUUGUCAAGAUAAUUGUAUUACCGUUUGUAAUAUGGAAAAUUUCGAUCCUCUUGGUAUCCAUACUGGUGACUCCAUUGUCGUUGCUCCUUCUCAAACUCUUUCUGAUGAAGACUACAAUAUGCUUCGUACUACUGCUGUAAAUGUCAUUCGUCAUUUGGGUGUCGUAGGUGAAUGUAACAUUCAAUAUGCUUUGAAUCCAUUCUCUAAAGAAUAUUGUAUCAUUGAAGUCAAUGCUCGUUUGUCCCGUUCUUCGGCCCUCGCUUCUAAAGCCACAGGUUACCCUCUUGCUUUCGUCGCUGCCAAACUUGGCUUGGGUAUUCCUUUGAAUGAAAUCAAAAACAGUGUCACCAAGGUUACCUGUGCAUGUUUCGAACCUUCUCUUGAUUAUGUUGUUGUCAAGAUUCCCCGUUGGGAUCUCAAAAAGUUCAAUCGUGUUAGUACUGCACUUUCAUCAUCUAUGAAGUCUGUUGGUGAAGUGAUGGCUAUUGGCCGUACAUUUGAAGAGACAAUUCAGAAGGCCAUUCGUGCUAUUGAUUACAACUUCAUGGGCUUUAGUCAGAAUGACUUUGUAGCUGAUGACGAAAUCGAUUACGAGUUAACCAACCCUUCUCAUCAACGUCUAUUCGCUAUUGCUAAUGCAAUGUUUAAGGGUUAUAGUGUUGAUAAGAUCUGGGAAAUGACAAAGAUUGACAAAUGGUUCCUUAACAAAUUGAUGCACAUUGUCUCCUUGGGUAACCGUCUGGAUGGAUUCAACAAAUCCAAUGUUCCUGGUAACUUGUUACGUUCCGCCAAACAACUCGGUUUUUCAGAUCGUCAAAUUGCCAACCAUUUAAACAGCAACGAAUUCGCUAUCAGGAAACUUCGUCAAGAGUAUGGCGUUACUCCUUUCGUUAAACAAAUUGAUACAGUCGCUGCCGAGUUCCCUGCUUUCACCAACUAUCUAUACAUGACAUACAAUGCUGUUGAGCACGAUAUUGACUUUAAUGAUAAGGGUAUCAUGGUUUUGGGUUCAGGUGUAUAUCGUAUCGGUUCAUCUGUUGAGUUUGAUUGGUGCGCUGUUCGUGCAGUUAGAACCAUUCGUGAACAAGGUAUUAAGACUGUUAUGGUCAAUUACAAUCCUGAAACAGUCUCUACUGAUUAUGAUGAAGCUGAUCGCUUGUACUUCGAAAACAUCAAUUUGGAACGUGUUUUGGAUAUCUAUGAAAUUGAAAAAUCCAGUGGUGUCCUUAUGUCCAUGGGUGGUCAAACACCCAAUAAUAUUGCUCUGCCUUUGUACCGUCAAAAUGUUAAGGUUCUUGGUACCUCACCUGAAAUGAUUGAUAAUGCUGAAAAUCGCUAUAAAUUCUCAAGAAUGUGUGAUAGUAUUGGCGUUGAUCAACCUCUUUGGAAAGAACUGACCAGUUUUGAAGAAGCAGAAGUUUUUUGUGAACGUGUUGGCUUCCCUGUUUUGGUCAGACCCUCAUAUGUUCUUUCUGGAGCUGCCAUGAAUGUCGUCUUUUCUAAGGAUGAUCUUGAGUCCUACUUGAAGGAAGCCGCUGCUGUAUCCCGCGAUCAUCCUGUUGUUAUUACCAAGUAUAUCGAGGAAGCAAAGGAAGUUGAUGUUGAUGCCGUUGCCCUUGAUGGUAAAUUGAUCAAUCACGUCAUUUCAGAACACGUUGAAAAUGCUGGUGUCCAUUCUGGUGAUGCCACUUUAGUCUUACCUCCUCAAGAUCUUGAUCCGGAAACCAUUCGUAAGAUUGAAGAUGCUACUGCCAAGAUUGGUCGUGCAUUGAAUAUCACUGGUCCUUUCAAUAUCCAAUUCAUUGCUAAGAACAAUGAAAUCAAGGUCAUUGAAUGUAAUGUUCGUGCUGCUCGUUCAUCUCCUUUUGUUUCUAAGGUUAUGGGUGUUGAUAUGAUUGAAAUGGCUACUCUUGCUAUGCUUGGUCUUCCUGUUACACCUUAUCCUAAGGUUGAUGUUCCCAAAGAUUAUGUUGGUGUCAAGGUUCCUCAAUUCUCUUUCAGUCGUUUAUCUGGCGCCGAUCCUGUUUUGGGUGUUGAAAUGGCUUCAACUGGUGAAGUAGCUUGUUUCGGUAAAAACAAAUACGAAGCUUAUUUAAAGGCUCUAUUGGCAACUGGCUUUGUUUUACCGAAGAAGAACAUCUUGCUUUCCAUUGGUUCCUAUAAGGAAAAAUUGGAAUUGCUUCCAUCUGUCAAGAAAUUGCAUGAACUUGGUUAUAACCUCUUUGCUACCACAGGUACUGCCGAUUUUAUUUCGGAACAUAACAUUCCCGUCAAGCAUCUCGAUCUUUUGGAUGGCGAUGUCGAUGACAAGCUUAAAGCUGAAUAUUCGCUUCAGCAACAUUUGUCCAAUAACUUGAUUGAUUUGUACAUCAACUUGCCUUCUAGAAACCGUUUCCGUAGACCUGCUUCUUACAUGUCCAAGGGUUAUCGAUCUCGCCGUAUGGCUGUUGAUUAUUCCACUCCUCUUUUGACGAACGUCAAGUGCGCCAAAUUGUUUGUAGAGGCUCUUGCUCGUAAGAAGGAAUUCGAAAUUCUUGGUGUAGAUUUUAAGAGUAGCAGCAACACAGCUACCCUUCCUGGCCUCUUCAAUAUCAAUGCUCAUAUUCCUUCUUUGAACGACCUUGCUUCUGUUACCAAGGAAUCACUCAAGUCUGGUAUUACUACCGUUGCUAUCAAUUGUCCUGAUGUAAUCAACAUGUCAUCUGUUGAACAAUUAUCUAGUGCCGCUCAAAAGGCAUCAAGUGCUGACUACUUGAUCUAUGCAACUGCAACUGUUGACAAUGCAGACAAAUUCGAUACCGUUGCUUCUUCUGUUGCUGCUGCUUAUGUCAACACUAAUAAGAUUGGCAACGGUAAUGUUUCUGUUUACGAUUCCGUGUUUGAUUCUUGGCCUAGAGACCGCAUUAUUGUUACCGAAGCUAAAGGUACUGAUCUCGCUUCAAUCUUGUUGCUUGCUUCCAUUCAUGGUCAUGUGCUUCAUGUUUCCAAUGUCACUAGCAAGGAUGAUUUGGCUUUGAUUGAAAUGACUAAAAAUAAGGGUUUGAAAGUGACUUGCGAUGUCUCAGUCUAUUCUCUCUUCCUCAAUAAUGCUGAACUUGAGUCCAAGUUGUUGCCCUCUCCUGCGGAUCAAGAAGGAUUAUGGAAGAAAUUGGAUGUCAUUGAUUGCUUCUCUUUGGGUCCUAACCCCAGUCCUUCUGAAAAAUCUGCCAUUGAAGGAAUUGCCGAAGGCUUGCCUUUACUCUUAACUGCAGUUGCUGACGGAAGAUUGUCUAUUCAAGAUAUUGCUGAACGUAUGAAUGAAAACCCUCGUCGUAUCUUUGGUCUUCCUGCUCAGUCUGAUACCUAUGUUGAAGUUGAAUUAGAUCGUGCCAAGACAUGGAGCUGUGGCCCACUUGCCGGCAAGAAGAUUCGUGGUUCUGUUAGCCGUGUUGUUGUCAAUGGUGUAACAGUCUUCAUGGAUGGUGUAUUCAGACAAGAUGGUAUUGUCGGUCGUGAUUUAUCCGCUCAAGCCAAGGCAUCUGCAUCCGUUAGCGUUUUGAAGAAGAAGGCUGAAGCCGCUUCAACCACUUCUGCCGCUAACAUUACUGAUGUUCCUGAAAGAGCACCUGAAGCUAAAUCCUCUCAGCAUCUUGACUCCAUCAAAUUGGCUGGUGCUAGCGAUCAACAAUUGGUGCCUUUUGCCUCUCCUACUUAUGAACUUCCUGCUUCUCUCAUCCGUGUAUUCAACCGUUCACCGUUUUACCGCAAGCACAUCUUACGUUCCAAACAAUUUGACCGUAACGAUCUUCAUUUGCUCUUUGGUGUUGCCCACGAAAUGCGUAACCUCGUUGAAUUGUACGGUUCUAUCAAUUUGUUACAAGGUCGCGUAAUGAGUACUAUGUUCUUCGAACCCUCCACUCGUACAUCAUCCUCUUUUGAAGCUGCCAUGUAUCGUUUGGGUGGUAAGGUUGUAUCUAUCAGUGCAGCAACUUCCUCUGUUCAGAAGGGUGAGUCUCUUGCAGAUACCGUCCGUACUCUUGGUUGUUACUCUGAUGUCAUUGUCCUUCGUCAUCCUCAGCACGGUAGCGCUCAAAUUGCUGCCAAGUACUCAAAGGUACCUAUCAUCAAUGCUGGUGAUGGUAUUGGUGAACACCCUACCCAAGCUUUCUUGGAUGUCUUUACUAUCCGUGAAGAAUUAGGUACUGUCAAUGGUUUAACCAUUACUUUGGUUGGUGAUUUGAAGAAUGGUCGUACUGUUCACUCCUUGGCUAAAAUCUUGGCUUAUUACCAAGUCACUAUCAACUAUGUCUGCCCUGAUUCCCUGUCAAUGCCCAAGGAUGUCAUGGAAGAAGUCGCUGCUGCUGGUGUUAAGCAGAAUGUAUAUACCACUCUUGAUGAAGUUAUUGGCUCCACUGAUGUUUUGUAUAUGACCCGUGUUCAAAAGGAACGUUUCAGCAACGACGAAGAAUACCACCGUGUUAAGGACUCUUUCAUUUUGAAUAACGACGUUUUAAGUAAGGCGAAGGCUCAAAUGAUUGUCAUGCAUCCUCUUCCUCGUGUAAAUGAAAUUGAACCAGAAGUCGAUUUCGACCAAAGAGCCGCUUAUUUCCGACAAAUGAGAUAUGGCCUUUAUGUCAGAAUGGCAUUGCUUACUCUUGUUAUGGGUUCCCAACGCCGUUAA